AUGGAGGCAUACAAGGAACUUGAGAGGGUCUUUACAAAACUCUAUCGCUAUGGGCAUUUGUUGCUUUUGGCGGAUUGGGAUUCGCAGACGAUGAUGCCUCCGAAGGGGGCUGAGGCACGUGGCGCUGCGAUGGCGGAGCUUCAGGUGCAUGUGCAUGGGAUUAUCACCGAUGCAAAGGUGCGAGCACUGCUCGAAGAAGCUGAAAGGUCAGCGGGAGCUUUUGGGGAGCUACAGCGUGCCAAUCUUCGUGAGAUGCGUCGGGCCUGGCAGUUGGAAAACAUGCUUCCCGGAGACUUCGUCGAGCGCAAAACAGUUCUUACAACAAAGGCUCAACAAGUGUGGAAGAAGUGCCGUGCGGAGAAUAACUUUGAGGGAUUUCUCCCGACAAUGAAGCAGCUGGUUGAGCUGUACCGUGAGGAGGGGAAAUUGCGUGCAGGAAACUCCGGCAAGCACCCGUACGAGGCCCUGGUGGAUCUCUAUGAGCCCGGCAUGACGCUGCAGCGCCUGGACGAGGUCUUCAGUUACGUCAAGUCGUGGCUGCCUGGACUUCUGAAGGAGGUGCAGGCGAAGCAAAAGGCGCUCAACGAGAACAUUGUGUAUCCCAAGGGCCCGUUCCCUGUGGCAACACAGGAGGCGCUGGGUCGAUUCUUUAUGGGCGUGUGGAAGUUUGACUUCGAUGCUGGUCGGCUGGACGUCAGUGCACACCCGUUUACUGGGAACUCAAAGGAGGACGUGCGCAUCACUACAAACUACCGUGAGCACGAAUUUGUGACGAGCCUGAUGGGUGUCAUUCAUGAAACAGGGCACGCCAAGUAUGAGCAGAAUUGUGGCCCCGCGGGAUUUGAGACCCAGCCCGUUUGCGUGGCACGUUCACUUGGCAUUCAUGAGAGCCAGUCGCUGUUUGCAGAAAUGCAGAUUGGUCUCUCAGGUGCCUUCACGGAGUUGCUUGUCCCCAAGCUUGUGGAGUACUUUGGUGACCAGCCGGCCUUUACCCCUGCCAAUAUGAAGAGGGUGACACAGCGCGUGUCCCCUGGCCUCAUCCGAAUCGAUGCUGACGAGCUCUGCUAUCCGCUGCAUGUCAUCCUGCGCUACGAGAUUGAGCGCGAUCUGAUGGAAGGAAAGAUGGAGGCGGAGGACCUGCCGAGAGUGUGGAAUGAGAAGAUGAAGAGCUACCUUGGCCUGGAAACCCUUGGCAACGACAAGGAGGGGUGCCUGCAGGAUAUUCAUUGGGCAGGAGGCAUGCUUGGGUACUUCCCGACGUACUCGCUGGGGGCAAUGGUGGCGGCGCAGCUGAUGAGCUCGAUCCGGAAGGAGCUUGGCGAGGAGGUUGUGGAUGAUUGCAUCCGCAAGGGUGAGCUUGACAAGCUUCUUGCGAAGCAGAACGAGAAGAUUUGGCGGCACGGCUCGUCGCUGACGACGGAAGAGCUGCUCAAGCAGGCCACCGGGGAGGCCCUGAACCCCGAACACUACCGCAAGCACCUGGAGCGCCGCUACCGUGACGAUGCCAAUUAG